CAAACGAAAUAAACAAAUCUCAGCCAAUCAAAGUACCCCGCCAAAAAAUAUACCAAAAACAUAUCAGAUUCACUAUCAUUUCUAGGUCCGAGGUCAACAAUAAAAGAUUGAAAAGCUUCGAACCUGGAAAUAAAAACAAAAGAAGAGAGGAUAACAAUAAACAAAGUAAAAUACUUCAGUUUUCAAAACUGAAUUCGCAAUCGAUCUUUCUACUCGUCUUCUUAUCUCUCGUCUAAAAAAUUUCUAUCCUCUUAUUUUCUUUACAACUUCAACAACUGAAGGAGCAACAGCUUUAACUCGUCGCAUCACAUACAAACAUUUGUGCGCAACAGAUUUAUCCAAGAUGUCACACCCAAUGGUUGUUCUUCCCGGCAGCAGCGGGUACCGUCCCAAUAAAGGCGUCAAACGCGAACAUGAUCCCGAUCAGAUUCACGAUCUUAGCUCCAAAAGUCCAAAUGCAAAUGGCACUUCAGACAAUCACACACACCAGCAUAAGAAAAAGAAAAAAUCUAAGGACAAGUCUUCUCAAUCACCACAACAAGAAGACACAUUAAUGAGUGGAGGGUUGGGAGAUAUGAGCGCGGAGUUGGGAGAGCCGAUUUUAUCACCUCCUCGCGAUUCUCAACAUUCGACACCUACAAUGCCUAAAGCCAUGAGAGUAAAGCAAGCGAAGAUAAAUAAAGAUGGAGGCAGUGGCAAAAAGAAGAAGAAGAACAAGACAAAGAAGAACAAGACGGUGCAUUUUGAAGAAGCCAGCAGCAACUAUCGCCCACCACAAGUUGUUGAUGAGGAUGAGGAGGCAGAAAAUGAGAGGUUCGAGAUGAAUGGUGAUUCAGCUCUGCGCGAAUCAUCUACCUUAACCGUUCGAUCUCACAGUCCAAUCUUACCACCAAUGUCUAGUCCAAUUCUUCCUCCUACCCGACCAAAAAGAUCCUCGAGCCAUGGUCCCCCACCUCCAAUUCUCCCACAGGCUUCUCCGAGUCGGAUGAAUCCACUGUAUGUUCCUCCCAAAACCUCGACUCCCAUCUUGCCUCCAGCUUCACCCUUCAGAAAGAGACGUGGCUCAACUGGUGAUACCUUUCCUCAACCACCACCAACGCAUUCAACACAGGCUCCUAGUCCACAGGCUACUCAAUCCACAUCUGCCAAACCAACAUCAGCAAAAUCAGCCGUACUUAAAUCUAAGGAUGACGAAUGGGAGCUUAGCACUGGGAAAAUUCGAGCAAUGAUCGGUGAUCCAAUGGAAGAAGAUGCCCAGAGGGAGGAGAAUGUUGCAUUCUCAUCCAACUACAUUCAGUCUCCGAUGCGACAAGCCCAAGGCAUCAAUGUAGGAGGGGUCAACUUCAACAUUUGGCACAUUAAGAACCGUGAAACCUUCAUCUUCAAGAGCAAAGGCACCGGUCUUCAAGUCUGUUCAGUAGCUCAAGGUAGCAUAUGGGUAUUCCUCGGUCUCGAAAAAUUUCGCAUAUCGAAAGGUGGGAUGUGGCGCAUUAGAGAAGGAGAGAUAUGCUCUGCUAAAAACCAAGAUGGUCAUGAGUGUGUCUUGCACAUCACCGCAAUUCCAAGUGCUUCUACACUGGUAAACCAGUGAAGAAUAUUGAAAGGAAAUAUGUGGGGAUUCGUGCGGAUUGGAAUUACACUUUUAUGCACUUGCAUUUGCAGUAUAUGAUAUGGGAUUCAUCAUUUGAAGAAGGCCUGGAAUUUUUUGCGACUGCAGCAGGAACUUAUUAAUCAUUUCAUUUCACUGCACUUGCAGCUUGAAUUAUGGAAGGGGACCUUAUUUGUUUAAAGAGGGUUGAAGCUCCGCAAUAGGCAAUUAUAUACAUACCAUGUUUUUCGCAAGUACUUCUCCACCAGAAAGAAUCCUUUAAGGCAGAAAAGGCUUUCUCGAGGCUUUCU